AUGCGGGAUCGAAUGAAGAUACCUACCAGAAAUUCAAAUGUUCAAGCUCAAGAUGAGCGCGUCAUGUCAACUAACAAUAGCAGCAUAGUUUCUAAGCGCAGUGUUGAACGAAUAUACUUCCCUGAUGAAUCGCACUAUUUUCGUUACUUUGUCAAAAAACCACAAAGACGAUGUCCACUUAUCAAUCGUGGUUAUUGGUUAAGAAUGAAGGCUAUCGAUCACACCGUUGGUGCUUUUCUGAAGAAAAAUUCAGAGAAGAAAAGAGUAUUGAUCAAUCUUGGAUGUGGUUACGAUCCUCUACCAUGGCAGUGUCUGGCAAAAUAUUCGGCUUUCUGCAAGGGAGUAAUUUUCAUUGAUGUUGACCAUAGAGAUUUAAUCACUCGAAAAAGAACCAUUGUCCAGCAAUUUCCCGAGCUUCAUUCUGUUCUUACCAACGCAGUUUCAUCUGAGAAUAAUAUAUUACUCCGCAGUGAUCAAUAUUUCCAGGUGGGAUGUGAUUUACGUGAACUUACUUUAUUAGAAGAGGCUUUGGCAGGAAUUUUCGAACGGAAUAAUUGCUCUGUGUUAUUUGUAGCUGAGGUGUCUCUUACAUAUAUGGAUGUGGGUGCGGCUGAUGAUCUGAUAAAAUGGGCAAGUAGUUUUCCAGACGCUGAGUUUUGCCUUUUGGAACAGCUUCUUCCUCAUGGGAUAGAGCAUCCUUUCGCUCGUGCCAUGAUAAAGCAUUUUGAGAAAUUAAAAACACCACUUGGCAGUGUCCACAAGUAUCCAACUGCGAAAUCCCAGCAGGAUCGUUUUAGGGUUGUGGGCUGGAAAAAUGUGGAGGUCCUCAAUCUCUGGGAACUUUGGGGCUCAAGUAGUUUCCUGACUCCGGACGAGAGAAGGUCACUUGACCUUAUCGAACCUUUUGAUGAAUGGGAAGAGUUUGCACUAUUUGCAAACCACUAUUUUCUUCUGAAUGCAUCUACCAGUGAACCUGUCAAAGCCCAUUGUGUGCCAUGGCAGGUCGAAAAUAUCUUAGAUCACUCGGCCUGGAAUGUAGCUUACUCUAUUCCAAAUAUACAAGUUGCAAGGCGUUUUGCGGCUGCAAUGUUUGUCAAGUCGCAGGAUCGAGGUAAAGACAGGAUUGCUUUGUUUGGAGGGAUGGAACAGGCCAGGAUGAAUUCAAGAGAAGAAUAUACUUGUCAAAAGCAGGAUUAUUUGGCACCUGCCCCUCAAAACUCAGAUGUACCUAGCUGCCGAAUGUGUCACACUAUUACAGACCUUGGUGAUGCUGGGGCUCUGCUUGUCGGUGGUAGGACAUCUCCGGACGCUGGCCUCGCCGACUGUUGGAUCUAUAACAAAUGGCUUGAUCACUGGGAGCGCGUGGAUACAUUACCAUGGCCAUUGUAUAGGCAUCAAGCUAUUAGUAUCAGUUCGGAAUUUGUCUUAGUUUCCACCGGAUGGAUUAACAGCUUCACCAUAUCAAAUUCCUUUCUCUUAUGGAGCCGAAAAUUGGGAUGGGUCAAGUGCAAUAUAUGUGGGAACAAACCUCACCCUGUUUCUGGGCCCGUUCUUUUGAAGUUUCCAGGGGACCAAACUCUUAUGCCAUCUGGAAUACUUGCUGGUGGGAUUGGUACAGAUGGAGUUGUAAUUGAUGAUAUAUGGCACUGGACCUUGACUAAAAUAUCGAGUGGGGAGCCCAAUUUAUACUUUAGCAAAUUGGAACAGAAUCCAAAGUUAUCUCGGUUCGGUGCUUCUGCAGUCAUACAUCAUGGGCAAAUAUACUUGCUUGGAGGAAUUGUUAAAGGCCAAUUACUCUCGUGUGAGGACGAAAUCAUCCGUCUUCAAGUUGAGAAGGAUUAUCUGAUAUCUCCCUGCACGAUCUUACGAAAAUCUCAACUAAACCCAUGGCCCAUGCUCACAGGCUCUAGUGCUUUUAGCACAGGCAAAUCAAUCGUUAUUUUGGGUGGCUCUGCGGUCUGUUUCUCCUUUGGGACCUUUUCCAACAAAAGCUGCUUGACAUUAUCAUCCGCUUCUGUCGCAGAUCCUGAACAAUGGCGAUUUCUGCAUAAAAUUGAUGUGAAAAAUUUAUCAGAAAUCACUCUAUCUCAGAAAACUAUGCGCCAUAGAGGAUCGAUGAAAAUUACGCGAGCUAAGAUACAGUCUAAAAAUCAUUUUGAAGAAAUUAUUAGUGUCGGAAAACCAGUAAUUUUGGAAGGGUUAGAUAUUGGAUCUUGUACUUCGAAGUGGACCACAGAAUACCUGACGUGUGCAAUUGGAGAGGAGAGGGAGAAGGUUAUUGUUCACGAGGCUACCACGCAGCAUAUGGACUUCAUUACUAAAAAUUUUAAUUACAGUAAAAGAACAUUUGGAAAAUUCAUGAAUGAGGUUGAAUGUGGAGGGAGGCUCUAUCUCCGUUCCCUGUCCUCAGAACAGCCAACUGCCAAUCCAGCUGAUUUCGCAAAAGACUUUCCAUCUUUAUCAUCUGACUUUUCAUUACCUCCUGAGCUUUCAUUUGUUACUGAAAACCAACACAGUUCUCCCCUCCGAAUUUCAGGCUCUACGAUAAUGUGGUUGCAUUACGAUACCCUUGCAAAUGUCCUCUGUCAAAUAAAAGGCGAGAGGAGACUAGUUUUAUUUCAUCCUCUAGAUUUCAAAUACUUUGACUUAAAACCUGGAGCCUCAAGCUCAUCGGUCAAUGUGUUUGAACAUCAUGAAGAGGAGACAUUUAAUGGGCCGCAGUCGUUCGAGGCUAUUCUUAGUCCUGGGGAUGUUCUUUUUAUCCCUCCAUUCUGGCUUCAUACUGCCGCUCCUAUCUCAAAUGUCAGCAUCGCAGUGAAUGUAUUUUUCCGAAACUUCAUUCAUGGAUAUGCUAAUGGAAAAGAUGUAUAUGGAAAUCGUGAUUUUCAGGCAUAUGAAAAGGGUCGAGAAAACCUGUCAAAAAUAUUAACAUCAUUUGACAAAAUCCCCGUUGAGGCACGUAGCUUUUAUAUGGAGAGGCUUCUUGAGGAGUUUCAGCAAAAAGUAUCAUGUAGUUACACUAGACGCGAUUCGUGUUAA